ACAGGUUGGUCCUCACGCUAUGCACUAGAGGGCUCAAUGUUUCAAACGCACAUUUUUUUAUAUCGGCUACUUUAUAAAUACUUGUUUCUGUUCGUCACAAUUUAUCUGCUCAACGGAGAAAAUAAUUUAAGCGCAAAAUAUAAAAUGCCAUAUUUGGCCAACAGGUUAAUAAUCUAUAAGAACAUCUGAUAUUUAUAGGAAAUGUCAUGCUUUAAAAGGUGUACUCCACAACUACAAGGGCCAUAAUGUGUAAUAUUGGUACCAAAAGAAAGAUAACAAGUGUGAGAAAUGUUUGCAAGUGUGUUAUGAUCAAAGUGGAUACUACUUUCUUAGAGGGAAUAAAAUGAGAACACAGAACAAGUGGAAGACUUCAAGCCCGGCACGGCCACCAGAUGGCGACGAAGAGCGAAUGUUCUGAUUGAAGGCAAUUAAUCCAUUUCCUCUGAAAGCUUCUCACUCGGCUACUCUAUCGAUGGUAAACAACAUGUUGAGUUGUAAAAUGUUGCCCGGACGCUGGGUUAUCCGUUUAUGGUGGUUUGAUGCGAUGAAACAAAACUUUGAUAAAACAAAAAACAAAGGAGGCAGCGUUCCGGUGUUCAUCCCUCUGCAGGAGAAGGGAGGCCCCUGCUAGUCUCUGACCAUGAAGUUCAACCUGUUCAAGGCCAAGGCCGAAGCCAUGGCGGCGGCCGACCCCACCGGCGCCACCACCUUGGCGCCGACGGCCACGCCCGCCCUGGCCUCCACGGCGGCUGACCUGUCGGGCUCCAACAACACGGAGAUCAGCAAGAACGACAUGUUCGAGGAGAUCAAGAGCAAGUUCCUCAACGAGAUCGACAAGAUCCCGCUUCCUCCAUGGGCGCUGAUCGCCAUCGCGGUGGUGGCCGGCCUGCUCAUCCUCACCUGCUGCUUCUGCAUCAUCAAGAAGUGCUGCUGCAAGAAGAAGAAGAACAAGAAGGGCAAGAAGGGCAAGGACGGCUUCAACAUGAAGAACAUGCAGGGUGGUGAGAAACACCAGGACGACGACGAUGACGAGGGAGAGACCGGGCUGACGGAGGAAGAGAAGGAGGAGGAGGAGAAGGAAGAGGAGAAGCUGGGGAAGCUGCAGUACUCCAUCGAGUACGACUUUGAAAACACAAAGCUGACGGUGGGCAUCCUCCAGGCGGCCGACCUGAUCUCCAUGGACUCCGGGGGCACGUCGGACCCCUACGUCAAGGUGUCGCUGCUUCCCGACAAGAAGAAGAAGUACGACACUAAGGUCCACAAGAAGACCCUGAACCCCGUCUUCAACGAGACCUUCGUCUUCAAGGUGCCCUACGAGGAGCUGGGAGGGAAGACGGUGUGCAUGUCCGUGUUCGACUACGACCGCUUCUCCAAGCACGACAUCAUCGGAGAGGUGAAGAUCCCCAUGAAGACCAUCGACCUGGGCCAGCCCAUCGAGGAGUGGAAGGACCUGGAGAGCGUGGAGAAGGAGGAGCCAGAGAAGCUUGGGGAUAUCUGCAUCUCUCUGCGGUACGUUCCGACUGCCGGUAAACUCACCGUCUGCAUUCUGGAGGCCAAGAACCUGAAGAAGAUGGACGCCUGUGGACUGUCUGAUCCCUACGUGAAGAUCCAGCUGCUGCAGGGCGGCAAGCGUCUGAAGAAGAAGAAGACGACGGUGAAGAAGAACACGCUGAACCCGUACUACAACGAGUCCUUCAGCUUCGAGAUCCCCAUGGAGCAGAUGCAGAAAAUCCUGGUGGCGGUGACGGUGUUCGACUACGACAAGAUCGGCAAGAACGACGCCAUCGGCAAGAUCUUCGUGGGCAGCAAGGCCACGGGGCUGGGGCUGAAGCACUGGUCUGACAUGCUGGCCAACCCCCGCCGCCCCAUCGCCCAGUGGCACCCUCUGCAGCAGGAGGAGGACAUCGACGGCCAGCUGGCCUCCCUGGCCGCCAAGAAGUAACUAACUUCACCCCCACCCUUCUCAGCCCCUCAUGUACUAACUGAUGAAAGCCCCCCAACCCCCCGAAACCCAAACACCAGACUAAAACCUCGCAUUGCAUGCACCUCAUGAUCUACAUGCGGCUAGCCGCCCCGGCUGCCCCAAGCUUGAUCCGCAGAAACAAAAAGAGAGAGAGACGGUAGAGAUUAUCGGUAGAGAUUAUCGGUAGAGAUUAUCGGGAGAGAUUAUCGGUAGAGAUUAUCGGUAAAGAUUAUCGGUAGAGAGCAUCGGUAUCAAUUAGGGUUACGUGAACAAACCUGGAACUCAUUUGUUUUUUUUUCAGUUUUGUUUGUCGUUUCGUACCCAGCACCACAUUUGCUUAUACUAUAACAAAAAAUAACGAGUGGCAAUGAAUGUUUGGGUGAUUGGUUUGUGAGCAAUUGUCUUUGAAUGUUGGUUGCGUUUGAGGGUUAUUUUACCAGGCUUAUUUUUUAAAGUGCUGGCACUCAGUGAAAAGGUUAGUGGAGAAGCGAUCCAGCUGAUAAAGUGUGGUUUAGUUAGAUGCAUUAUGCAUGCGUUGCUUAUAGUCCCUCCUCGACCCUCUCCAUAAAACCAUGCGCAGUAUUGUAUCCCUGCUAUUAUGUGUGCUUUAACUUUGAAUAAAAAGUACUCUCGUACAGGGCUUAUCUCGCAUAGAAAUCAAUUUAGGUUGUCAAAUGCAAACGCAAGUUUGGAUGGUGGUAACUGCAAAAAACAACUGCAAAAAAUACUGAAAUGUCUAUUUGUUUUUAGUUUUUUAUUAACUGUUGAGAAGAUUGCCUUGGUUUUGUCGUUUGUGUCGUGGUCACGCCUGAGACGGAGCACGUGUGUGUCUCGCUCUUACUUUAUUAGGAUUCUAUCACCAAAUGUGAUCCUGUGAUACACAACUCACACCAUGGCCACCUGCAUGGAGAUUCUGUGCCUGUGUGUGUGUGUGUGUGUUUGCCUGUGUGUGUGUGUGUGUUGGUGUGUGUUGUCAGAGACACACACACUCUGAAGGGAGGAGUAUAGGGUGCCUUGCCCGGGUUGGACAUUUUGACACUGUUUGCUACGUGGCGGUCGACUCGAGGACUUGAGGCUUUUCUACUCGGUAAGUUAUCAGGAACGCUGUGAAUGUGUGUGGAGUUUCCUUUGACCACUUUGGAUGUAACAACUUACUUAUCCAUGGACAAAGCAAAGGGAAAGUGAGAAGGGUGUGCCAAUGUUUCUCAAACAACUAUGCCUCUGUUGAAUGUUUACGGUCGAAAGUAAUGCUGUUCAAAUGCUUCUUUUUUUUUUGGGGCCUGUCGACCACUUAUAUUUGAUCGUAUGUGUAUGUUAUUCAUAUCAGUAUUUUCAAAAUGAAUCGAUGAUGUAUUGAUUUUACCUAGAGGAGGUCGGGUUGCACCAUUGCCCAGAGCUCCGCAAUCACGACUGCGACCGUACCAUGUGUUUGCUUAUGUGCGUUGAGUUCCCCCAGCCACCGUGUGAAACCUUUUGUACAGUAAAUGUAGGACCAUUUGCCCGAGACAAAUGGACAAAGCUAAACCCAGCAUGUAUCAUGCAUCACGAAUACUCUUUUCUUUCCCUCUUUAGUCCCAUACUGCGUGUAUACCUAUCUAAAAAACCAAAGUACUGCAGCGACACAGUGGUAUUUUUGCUACCAUUGCUUGUAUGUCCCUGCUUUCUUCAUCGCUGGGCGGAGAAGUCUCCUUGUACCCGGGAGGCGGGUUUAGAGGGAAAGGAUCUCCCCUUGUUUCCUGGGAGGAGGGUUUAUAGGACAGGAUGUCCCCUUGUUCCUGGGAGGAGGGUUUAUAAGACGGGAUGUCCCCUCUAUCCAAGGAGGAGGGUUCGAAGGAAAGAAUCUCGCCUCAUUUCCUUGGAAGAGGGUUUAUAGGACCGGAUGUCCCCUUCUUUCCGGGGGGAGGGUUUAGAGGACAGGAUGUCCCCUCUAUCCAAGGAGGAGAGUUUAGAGGAAAGGGUUUCCCAGACGACCGCAGAGCCGUCGCCUGAAUUCCACGCUGUCUUCCCCGCUGUCGACAUAAUGCAUUGCGCAGACUUGGUUGAGAUCAACGCAUGCGUCCGCCACAAGUGUUGUACAUAGCAACGGCAUGUUUUAAAUAGUAAGCAUUCGAUUAAAAAUUGUGUAUGAGUGUGUGUGUGUUUACCUUCCAUGUCAUUUUGAUAAUAAAACUCAAGGAGAAAAAAAGAAUGCACAGACUGCAAAGUGUAUGUAUUUUUGCAUAUUGAUAAGUGUGUAGGAAUGAAUGCAACGUGGAUGUCUGAAUAAGCCGGAUGCACUGACUUGUGAAAUGCCCUCGGUCCAUCUUGAAUCUUUACUUUCACUUUCACUUUGCCGUGAUGAUAUGAAUGCAUGUCCUCUGUUGACAUUGUGUGUGUAUGCGU